AUUGCGACAUACACGGUGAAGAUUAUACCUGACUUCAUUUACACGCAGCGUGGUGUUGUACUUGGUAUAUUGGCUUCAUCGCUGUUGAACGUCAUAGUUCACCACCGGACUCAGUGAUGGCGAGCAAACCGUUGCUUAUCGCGGGGAUCGCUCUGGUCCUGAUGCAGUUAUGCCAGUUCACGCUCGCGUUUGACAUCUGCUCGUUCUCCUUCAGUGCUUGCCAGAAUGGCGGAACAUGCAACCCCACUGGUUCUCCCGACUGUUUUUGCCCACCGUCUUUCACCGGAAGAAACUGCGAAAACCAUAUACUCAAAGACAGGCUGGAUGAUAUGAACGAGCAGAUUUCCACACUGAGUGAAGCUGUGGACGUGGGGCCACCACCUACUUUCACAGGUGAUGGACGAGGCAUGAAGAGCAUUUUAGACCAGGCACAGACGAACCUCACCGAUGUUAAGGAAUCUCUACUCACCAAUUGUGACCGAGCAGCUCGGGCAAUUCGUGUCCACUUUGAAGCACAGAUGGAGGACCUCGAUGUUGGAGUGUAUGAUGUCCUGUCCUGCAAAGGCUUGAGACAACUCCACAGCAACUUGGAAUCCGGAUACUACUGGAUUGUGGGACAAGCAGCUGAACUCAAAUUGGUAUACUGUGAGAUGCGUAGACACGGUGGUGGCUGGACCAGAGCCUUUCACUUCAACGUCACCUCGCAGGGCAAGUGUCCUGGAGGUUUGCGCCCGCUCGUUGUGCAGGGUGUCAAGAUGUGCACCAAGGGCGACGAAAACUACGUCUACGAAGUGCCAGGAGUCCACUUCAGUGAAGUCAUGGGUUACGUCACAGGCUACAAGUCUGGUACUCCCGAUGCUUUCUGGAACAAGCAAUCUGCUUCGGGUGACAGCAAGUACGUCGAUGGAGUUGGCAUCUACGCCGGCCACCAAAGGAGCCCAAUCUACACGUUAGCCGCUGGGUUCGGCGUUGUGGAGGCCGCGUACACCAGUGCCAUGUGUCCAUGCAAUGGCGGUCACAGUCCGCCUUCAUUCGUCGGUACGAACUACAUGUGUUCAGGAUUUCGAGGAAUACGCGGUGUCUACAGUGUUGGUCCUGGUAGGCGACUAUGGCUUGAUGCUCCGACAUGCGAAGGUGGCAACCAUUUCAGCUCCAACGGUGAGCCUCGUUAUUUCCACGUCACUCUGGACAAAGCUCUAUCAUACCAGGAUAGAAUCCUCCUAAAGAUUCUUACUGACGAGGGAACAGGCAACGAGGCAAUCGCCGUUGACUCAGCUGAAUUUUAUGUGCGCUGAUGUUCACGAAAACAGUGAUGUUAUGUCUUUCUCGCUGGUGAUACGUUCUUUUGACAAUGGGAUGCAAAACUACUGCAUUUUUUAUUGAUUCCAUAGACCUAUUCUAUUCUGCAUAAUUAUGUGAGGGCAUUUGCAAUUUAAAAUUUCGUUCUUUGCCGUGGUGCAAUGCAUUCACGCUACCUUGGCCUUGCUGAUACAACUGAGGCGCGCCUUUUGGCCAUCCACACUCCCCUUGCCCAAUUUUGUCCUUAGGAAUUUCGAACACAUAAAUUUGUUGUCCUUCUAAAUCCUCUUGAGUCAUGGGUUUGAGGGAAAGAUGCAUACGGGAAAAUCCUCUUACUACAUGGCAGGCGCCUUUUACUGUAACAGUGUACCCACCGGAAAAUCGCUCAUUGGCCGCAAUCACAGAAGUGCCACAGCGAAAAAUCAGCAUGCAAAACACUGGUUUUAUCACAACUAGGAAUGUGUAUUGUUUGGGUGUGUACCGUCUCCUUUCGAUUCAAUCCUUCAAGCCAUGGCGCCAUGGA